AUGCUCGACUUCAUGGAUUAUAUCCAACUCGCGUUCGCCGAGGGGACUAACUGGAACCGCGACAAUUCAUACUCGUCGCUGACGGCCACAGCCCAGUCCCUCCUGGACUUCUCAACCCCCGAGCGUCUACGCGUGCAUCUCUCCUCUCUAUCAACCCCCAAUUUCGCAACCAGCUAUACCCUCGGCACAGUAGGCUUAAUCGACGGCUCAGUCUCCUACCUCUACAGCACCGUCCCCUUCACCAAUACACCAAGCCGAAGCGCUUUAAUUCCCCUCCGCAAGCUAUCUCCUGGAUACCGCCAAGUAGCGCCCCCAAGCGCCCCAAUUGAAGACUGGAACUUGGACUCAAUCCUCGACAAUCCCCAAAAUGUCCAACCGUCGUUCGCCAGCAAGCCUACCCUCCUGCACGCAACACUACACCUUCCACCCCCAACAACCCUAAACGCCCUCUUCCUCCGUCGCAUCUCCCCAACUAUGCACCUAACACUAGCGGUCUGCUCAACAAGAGGCCCCCCGCUUUCCAAAUCCGCGCCGCAGGCAUCCCUCCUCAUGCAAUUGUCGCACGACACAGGCAAAUACAGUAACGAGUACCUCUUCAGCACAGACAAUGCGCUCUUCGGCUGGCGGGGGCUAUGGAACUUCGGACCCGACCCUCGCUCCUCGACAGAUACCGCCGCGCCGCGGCUAUCGCUUCUAUCAGCCGGCGCGGAGGCAUAUUACUCGCCUGUGUCGUCGCUCAUUGGCAUGUCCACCGGUCUGAGGUUUAGUACUCUCCCCGCUGCGACGGAUGUGCCUGCGUCAACGGCGACAGGAUUUGCCACGGCGAACCAGAGUACCCCUAUAUCUACAUUUCCGUAUACGCUUACCUUAACGCUGACGCCGUUGACUGGUUCCUUGUCGACGACAUAUUCGCUCCGCGCGUCGCCUAACCUGGCGUUUAGUUCGCGUUUCGGGUUCAAUGUCUACAGUUGGGAGAGUGAGAUGGUGGCUGGUUGUGAACUGUGGCGGAAAUCGAGGAAACAAGACGAUGGGUUGGAAUGGGCGAGACGGAAGAUGCGCGCUUCUGAGCCUCUGUCUUUGCCUUCUUUGCCUGCUGAAUCGAAGGAGAGGCAAGAAGAGGAGGAGGCGACCGACUCUGUUCUCAAGAUUCGGGUCGAUCAGUCGUGGAAUGUACGGGUUCUUUGGGAAGGGCGCGUGAAGGAGCUUCUGGUCAGUGCUGGGGUGGGAUUGGGGCCGAGUGACACGGCUUUUGCAUGGAUGUAUAUAUUUAGUGUUAGAGCGGGACUAAAUAGAUGA